AUGCAUAAUGCUUCCGAAGUCUUGGAAAACCGUAACCGAGAAUUGUUGAUCCUUUUGAGAAAAUCCCUGCAAAAGGGAAACAGCACCAAAGAAAGCAUCCUGGCCGCAAAAGCAAUGCCGCUUGCCUUUAUUAACCAUGGAGAAAUCUCACUCGGAGAAGAAGAAGACCAUUAUCAGCUUGUUGCAAACAGUCUUCGAAGCACACUUGUGAAUUCCUUUGAAUGUGAUCUCAAGAUUCAGUGCCUGCAUAGUAUUGCUCUUAUCGCAUUUAUUGGUGCUUCUGAUAUCGAUACUCAAUUGCUGCGCGACUUUAUCUUUGAUAUAAUCGAAACCGGAGGAGAGGAAGUUCAACUCGAAGGAAUCUCGUCUCAGCAGAUCGAACAUUUGACCUGUGCAGCAUUACGGGCCUAUGGUUUACUCUACAUCUCCACAUUCUGUGAAGGUGCUGUUGAUUUUGACGUUUUAUGGGAAGAAGUAGAAAAAGUUGUUCCAGUGCAUGAAAUGCUACUAGAAUCUUCAGAAAAGGACGUCAGAGUAGCCGCAGGAGAAAAUAUUGCCUUGAUGUUUGAAUCUGUGCGGGUCUACACUGAACAUAUUGAAGAAGAAGAGGAUGUGGACGAUACAGAGUGGCCCGAGUACGACAACAUGGACGGGUUAAUACACACCUUGCGCGAUCUGUCUGUAGAUAGCAAUCGUCGUCGAAGCAAGAAUGAUCGUGCAGAACAAAAGUCUGUGUUCAGAGAUGUGAUCAAGAGCGUUGAAGAAGGAACCCGGCCAGUGGAAGAAUUGAAGAUCAGUGGGCGUAUUCUCACAUUCCGAGGAUGGUCCAAAAUCCUUUUGUUGAAUGCUUUUAGAAGAGCCAUUGGACAAGGUCUUCAACAACACAUAAAGACAAAUGAUAUGCUAAGACAAGUAUUUCACUAUUCAUGUCGGUUCGGAACUGGCUCUGCUGCUGAUUCGGACGAUGAUGAUCCGGGAGAGCUGAGCAAUGUAGACAAGCGUUAUGUAUAUGAUAAGCGGGAAAAGUUGCGCACCAAACAAAUCAGAUCUGCUCGUAAUGGCAAAGAACUGCUUGAAAUUUAA